UCCUCUGACGUACUUCCGCUAUCGUUUGAAAGUUUGGCGGUUAGCUUAAAAUACGCAAACUGUCAUUAGCGGCUCUUGUUUUGUCUGGGACACUGAGCUUUGGCAGUUUAAAGGUUUUAUUUGUAUAACACAGCUGAUAAUCAUGGAUGCUUCCAUUGCGGAACUUAUAACUAUCGGCCUCUCCGUUAACAUUUGCCGCAGUGAUGGACGAGUCCAUGCCGCCAGCGUAAAGGCCGUCCACCAGAUGAAGAGUGCCGUGUCCGUGGAGUGGAUUGAGAACUCCGCUACCAAAGGCAAAGAUGUGGAAUUCGGGGAGCUGUGGAGUCUCAACAAAGAGCUGUUUGAAUACCUGAAGUCUUGCAGCCAGGAGGAUCCUGCUCCGUCCAGACGACAUAAGGCUGAAGGUGUGCGCCGUGAGACCCGAAUCCCUGCUCCCUCAGACUCUUCCAAUGGUGCAGCAGAAUUGUCAGCUUCCGUUCGCAGGAAAUCUGCACGGCGAACCUGCCUGCUGCCUGUGGCUGUUUCUCAGCCCAGUAACACGGAUCAUGGUGCCUUAUCUCCAGAGGUGCCUAAACCCUCCUCCUCAAAUGGCUCAGGUGCAGCAAGCCGAGAGCUGAGGAAGAAGGGUCUGGCAAAGCAGGCUCCGGCCCUUUCUCAGGUGACCGAGGAGGAUGCAGAGAGGCAGGGGUCGUGGGAGGAGGCGCGGGGUGGCCCUGCGCUGACUGCAGCCAGACGCAGGUCAGUGGUAUCAGCUGAAGCUGAAAGAACACGGAACAAACGGGAGGCGACCCAGGCGAGGGGCAUAGAAACACAGGCCAAACGGGGCAAGGACGGCGAUAUGCAUCGUCCAAACUGGCAGUUCUAUAAGAUGAUAGAGGAGUACAGAGAGAGCAUGGAGGUGGUGCCCAUCUCAGAGUCUGUACCUGUUGAGCCUCAUAGGAUCUGCGUCUGUGUUCGCAAGCGUCCACUCAGCGGGCAAGAGGUGACUCGGAAGGAGAUUGAUGUGGUGUCCGUGCCUGGAAGGGGGGUGCUGCUGGUCCAUGAGCCCAAGCAGAAAGUGGACCUCACAAAAUACCUGGAGAACCAGGCCUUCCGCUUUGACUACUCCUUCGAUGAAACUGCGACAAACGAUAUUGUGUACAGGUUUACUGCCAAACCCCUCGUUCGCACCAUUUUCGAAGGGGGGAUGGCUACAUGCUUUGCUUACGGACAGACGGGAAGUGGGAAGACGCACACGAUGGGGGGGGAUUUCGCCGGGAAAAAGCAGAAGAGCUCGAAAGGGAUCUAUGCGCUGGCAGCACAGGACGUGUUUGCUCUUCUCAGCCAGAAGAAAUACUCCAGCAUGGCUCUCGACCCCUAUGUCUCAUUCUUUGAGAUCUACAACGGCAAGGUUUUUGAUUUGCUCAACAAAAAGGCGAAGCUGAGGGUCCUUGAAGAUGGUCAACAGCAAGUGCAGGUGGUCGGCCUGCAGGAAAUGCCCAUUUCAUGUGCCAAUGAUGUCAUCAAGAUGAUUGACGUGGGCAGUGCAUGCAGGACAUCUGGGCAGACCUUUGCCAACUCCAACUCCUCGCGCUCCCAUGCGGUGCUGCAGAUCAUCCUGCGCUGUAGGAACAGGCUGCAUGGGAAGUUCUCCCUGGUGGAUCUCGCAGGUAACGAGCGAGGUACUGAUAUAAGCAGCAGCGACCGGCAGACCCUGGGGGAGACCGCUGAGAUCAACUGCAGCCUCCUGGCCUUGAAGGAGUGCAUCCGCUCCCUGGGCCGGAACAGCAAGCACAUCCCUUUCAGGAUGAGCACGCUCACACAGGUGCUCCGCGACUCCUUCAUCGGCGAGAACUCGAAGACCUGCAUGAUUGCCAUGAUUUCCCCCGGGAUGGUGUCCUGUGACUACACGCUAAACACACUGCGUUAUGCAGACAGGGUGAAGGAGCUCAAUGGCACCUUGGAUUCUGAGAGAGAGACGAUGGCGGCCAUGGAGGACUCCAUCCUGUCUGAGGACUCCUCCAGUAAUAUGGCUGGCAUCUUUGAAGCGAUAUCCUUGGCCUCUCAGGUGAAGGAAAAGGUGUAUGAGGAACUACAGCGAAGUUCUAAAAUCAUGAAGAUAUUGGAGGAGCUGUCUUAUGACGAAGUGGCUGGUAUGGCAGAGAUUGUGGACCAUGGAAAAAGGUUGCAAGAAUUGGUGGUGCUGCUGCAGUCUGCUUUCGAGCGAGAGAGGCUGGCCCGACUGGGCCAGGACACAGGUGCCCUCUAGGCCGUGGGAGCUAGCCUGCUGCCUCCACAUUUCCCUGAAAGGGUCACUGGCUGCUUGUGUCCUCCUCUGACUCCAUUAUGAUGUUUUUCCCCACAUGUACAUGGGAUCAGCUUUCUGUCCUUAAACAUUUAAGAGAAUUUGAACUUUAAAAUUUAACAUGUAAAAUAAAGGCUUUUUACUUGC